UGCUGGGCUACAACGACUCGCAGAGGAUCAAUAUGUUCGUCUUUUAACAGUCCCUUUGACUCAUUUUGUGGAUGAAGCGUGUCAGUCAGCUAUGAUGUCCAUCAGGUCAAAGUGAGGCUGUUUGUAGAGAGACAUGGAAGUGGUGCUUCUGCUGUUUCUGCUGGCGGGAGCGUCUCAUGGUAUUGAGACAUCCUGUGAUGCCAGACAGAAUGGAUCUCAGUGUUACGGAGCUCUGAAUGGAACUGUGUAUCUGCAUCUGACGGACAAAAUCAGUGGAUAUCACAUUGCAUUAACUGGAGAUCAUAGAAAACGAGUCUUCAAAACGAAGAGUGGGAACAUUGUUUACUAUAAUAAAAAAAACGAAGAAACAACUGAUCGCCGUAUUUACUUCGAGAAGAAGAAUGGGACACUAAGGAUCAAUAAAAUAAAGAAAGAUGAUUCUGACAAUUACACCCUAAAAACAACUCAAGGAAAUUCAAGAAACAUUGCAACACAUACAUUACAACUGUUCAUUGAAGCCCCUGUGUCCUCCCACAGGCAGGUCAUCUCAGAGUGUCUCCCCCAGGGAGGGAUGAGGAUGUCCUGCUCCUGUGAGGGGGACAGUCCCCGGUACAGCUGGACUCUGGAUGGACAAGCGCUGAAUGACUCCAGGGUGGUCCAUGAUGAAGAGAGAAGCAGUGUGACUCUGGAGAGAGGCACAGUAGGAAAGCUCACCUGUACCAUCAACAACCACAUCAGUCAGGCCACUGUGGACAUGGAUGUCUCAACAUGCAAUGGUACAAUAUACGUAAACUGCACAUCAUCCAAUGGGACAGAGGUAUCAGACUGGGUCAGUCCCACUGGUCCUAACCUGUGUACCAGAUCUACCACCACAAACCCCACCACCCAGACAGAGAGCACCACUCAGACAACCUCUGGUAAGGGGACUACCAACGUAGCCACCUCCAGACCCUCCAAUCACACCACCCAGGGCCUGGCCAGGGCCUCUAGUAAUGGCACUGGGGACUUUAGGACCCAGUGGGACUUUAAUAUGAUAGUGAUCGUAGCAGGGUCAGUGGCUGGAGUCCUGCUCCUAGCUGUCCUUCUGGGCAUUUACUUUGUGCUGUGCAGAAAGAAGACUGCUGCUUCUGCAGAAGAUGAAGGUGAGGUGACCUACGCCGAUGUCCGAUUCGUGAAGAAGAACCAGGAGAGACAGAAGAAGAAGAAGCAGGCUCCUGUUGAGGUGGAGUACGGCGAGGUGAAGGUGUCCGGGGCCGCCGGGCGUCAGGAGGAGAGCCCCCGCGGGGAGGUGGAGUAUGGCGAGGUGAUGAUCAUGACACGCCCCGGGAGGAAGGUGGACAAGCCUCAGGAGGAAUGUGUGUAUUCCUCCGUACGCUAACACCGUGCCUUAACUGCCCUACAGUUAUUUAUUUUUUAAACGCAAGCGAAGGUGAAAAGUCUUGGCAACAUUGAGCGUCCCGGUACCCUCCGCUCUCAUGCACUCUCAUGAACAGUUAGUUCCGAUCAAGUAAUUUGAUCGGACAAAAUUUGAUUCGUGCUAUUAUUUGGAGAUAGCAGUAGGCCUACCAGGACUUUAAAGUGUGUACUCUGCUUACAUUAAUGACCGUUACUGUAUCUAUCUAUCAAGAUGUUGACACACCGGAAUAUGCCACCAAAAAGACAACAGAAUCUCAUUUCGAUGUUUGUUCACGGGCUAACUUCAACCACGCCCGUAACUGCCAUUAGUUUCUCAUAUGACGUGGAUACUCUGGUUCGGACAAACUGACGCUUGGCAAGAUGGAUUCUCGCAUGGUCAUGAUCUCCAGAAUCUAGCUGUCUAUCAUCUAGCUUUAAUUUCGUUGUUAUGUGCAAUGACAGUAAAGGUUCAUUCAAGGUUAACGUUAUCUUUAAUUUGCAAACGUCUUUACAUUUACAUUUAGUCAUUUAGCAGACCCUCUUAUCCAGAGCGACUUACAGUAAGUACAGGGACAUUCCCCCCGAGGCAAGUAGGGUGAAGUGCCUUGCCCAAGGACACAACGUCAUUUUGCGCAGCCGGGAAUCGAACCGGUAACCUUCAGAUUACUAGCCCGACUCCCUCACCGCUCAGCCACCUGACUCCCAAACAGCUGACAUGAUUGAUAGUUCAGGCUAUGAAUAUAUGAGUGAGCAUAGUGGUCUUCACUAGAGCAAUUUUUUAUUAAGUUGAGUGACUGAGUACAUCCUAAUACCUAAGACGUGAACAUUUCGAACACUUAGGCUACUGCAAGUAAUGUUAAGUCUUUAUUUGACCCUUUACUCAGGGGCCUGUUUCCUCUGUCUAUCUGUAACUUCCUCUGUUAUAACGUCUGUGUCGGUGAAGUAUCUGUGGUCACUGAAAGAACACGAAUAGUUUCCAUAACAGAGACUUCUCUUUUUGUCCAACACAUCUCUCAGAUUUUUUUCCCCGAUUUUUUUUAAUUGUGUUUUUUGGGUUCUUACUUGUAAGGAAAUGUAAAUAGUUCCAUAUGUAUAUACUGUAUAUAUUUUUAUGUUAAGUAAGAUAAAUUCACGGGAUGAAUCUCAUUAUUUUAUAAAUUCUUUACACAAUUAUAUAUUUAUGUAAUCACAGCUCUGGAAGAAACUAAGAGACCUCUGCGCCUUAAAGUGUUGAAAAGGACAAUAAUGAGUGAGGAUCAGACUGGUAAAAUGUAAUCGGCCACGGCCGAUUUUACCCUGAUGUUCCUCACUCAAAAUGUUCCUUCUCAACUUAUUUCAAAAGGAAAGAAAAAGGUGCAGUGGUCUCUUAAUUUUUUCCAGAGCUGUAUAUCAUUUUAAUGGCACAAGCUUUUCAUACUAAGGCGAUAAAAAGAGUGUUUUCCAUUAAAUCCCUUGGGGUCCUCAUUGACGAAUCGCUCAACUUUAAAUGUCAUAUCGACUAUCUUGUAAACAAACUGUCCAAAUAUGUUGGCUUGUUCUAUAAGAUCAGACAUUUCCUUCCUCUGCCCUUCUCACGCUGUAUAAAACUCUCUUUGAACCACACCUUAACUAUUGUAAUGUGAUAUGGUGCAACACUUUCACCAGCCAUCUUAAAAAACUUAUAUCCUUGCAAAAGAAAGUCAUACGGGCUCUGUCUUGGUCAGAGAUAAAUUCUCCCACCCAACCUCUAUUCCACAGUUUUGAGUUAUUAAGACUGACUGAGCUAAAUGAAUAUCAUAAUGCCUGCCUUAUGUUCCAAAUUGUCAACAGACUGAACAGACUAGAUUGAGUAGUCUUGUUCCCAUCUCCAGCCCCCAGCAUACAUACCAAACGAGAAUCAAACCACUCAUAUCAGGAAAAUGUCGCCGACAUGUGCAAGCCAAUAUCAGUGUUGUCUGUAGGGGGCCGCAGAUCUGGAACGGGAUUGAUGAAGGCCUCAAGGUGCUGCCCUCAUCUCCAACUUCAAAAGACAACUAAAAAAUCAUUUCUUAUCAACCUAUACCUGAUAUAAAAAAAUAUUUUUUCAUGAACUACUGGGAUGUAUGUGUAUGAUUGAAUGUAUGUAAUGUUAUGUAUGUACUUGUGCGCCUUUUGCGUGCAUCUACUUAUCGUCAUCUGUGGUAAUUGGGUAUCCUAUAGUCUGUACCACGACCCUUUCAUGAAUCAUCGGCCCCCUCCUAUAAGCUUUCCUAGCUUCUUUGGGGGACCCUUUCACUCUACCCAAUUGGUCUUGUACCCCAACUGUAUUAUUGUAAUAUUUGAAGUGGUAUUGUGAAUAAAUAAAUAAAUAAAUAAAUAUGAGUGGUGAAAAUUCAACUGUAACUAUCUACCAGUUUCGGGUGUAAAAAAACUGCAUUUGUACAGCGUGCUUCAGUGGUUUACUGGGUACAGUGCCUACUACCAAGUAACACAUUGCAUUUGGUUCUUUUCCCCCUCUCUCUCUGUCUUGCGUUCUUGUCUCUAUCAUCAUAAGUCUGGUAAAAUAUCUAUAUUUGUUGCUGCACUUCCAGUCAGGUGACAUGACUUCCUAUUUAAAAUCCCCCAGUGGCAGCUUAUCUGAAACCCUCAAAUGUGGACACAUUCAUGUUGCAACAAUUUUCCAAACCCUGUAACCACACAAGGGUGCUGGCCUGCAUGACCAGUACUGUUACUUUAUUAUCAGCCACAGUGAGGACAUAUUAAAAAAAUCUUUAAGCAAAAAUAUACAGCUUCAAAUGUAAUUGUCAUGCCAGCACAUAUUUUUGUGAUAUGAAUCAACGUGGAAGUCAUUGGAAUAAUAGUUUACAUGUUUUUGCAUCAAGCCUUUUGCUUUCAACAGGUCAAUGAGUAACAUGGUUUCGGUGCACUGCCUUGAAUAUCUCAUGUCAUGUACACUAGCAUUAUGUAAUACAACCGGAUCCUUGUGUUAACAACCAUUCAGUGACUGGGCAUGGCCAGCACACAGCUCCAAAUACCUUCAGAAUCAGAAUUAGCUUUAUUCGCCAUGUAAGUUCACAUGUAAUUUUUUCUUAUGUCAAAUUUCUCUUGUGGAAUAUCAAUGAGCAGCAGGUUUCUUGGCAAAAAGCAGUUGCAAAAGAGAUCAAAACGCCAAGCAGAAGUGUCUCUACUGUCAAUAAUGAGUAAACUAUUAGUUACUAUUGAGUCUUCCUGCCUGAACCACAAAAACAUUCCACUUGCUGACUGGACAAACUCAGUGUGCUGCAUGUGCUGCAUGUUCUGAAAUCGACAAGAAGUAACUAUUGUUGACACUCUUCUCUCAAACACUCCAUGGGUUCAGAAAAA